AAGCGUCAUCCUUUCUGAUGUAGAGAACGGCGCGGCGGCCUUUUUUCAGCUGCGCUCCGUUUCCCACUGCAAACCUUCUACUCGAGCUUCAGCAUUUUAGUUCUUAUUUCCCCCAUUAACGAUGACACGAAGGUCGGCGUUCGUGGCAGCGUGCUUGCUGUUUGUGGCCGCUUUGAGCUCGGAGGUUUCAGCGGACGGUUUGGUGAAUGAGGAUGUGAAGAGGACGGUGGACCUGAGCACUCAUCUGGCUAAGAUCACCGCGGAGAUCGUGCUGUCCAACCAUGGGCAGUCCUCCGUCCAGAGCUUUAUACUGGCCGUAGAUGCAGACCUGGCACCUCACAUGGCAUAUAUUGGAGCUUCGGUGAAGGGCGACGAAGAGGAGGAUGGCACACUUGAACUUCAGCAGACAUCAAUCCAGGGACAAAGAGGGGAGUUCUACAAAGUGCUGCUGCCCUCGACUCUGGCCGCCGGUGCUCAGCUGAAAGUGAAAACCGAGAUGAUGUUUAGCCACGUCCUGAAGCCGUUCCCCACGCAGAUCACCCAGGCGGAGCGUCAGCUGGUGGUUUUCCAGGGCAACCACUAUCUGUACUCCCCGUAUCCCACCCGCAGCCAGACCACCCGCGUCCGUCUGGCCUCGAAGACGGUGGAGAGCUACACCAAGCUGGGCAACCCCAGCAAGACCGACGAGAUCAUCGAGUACGGACCAUUCCGCGACGUCGCUCCGUUCAGCGAGGAUGCGUUGAAGAUCCAUUAUGAAAACAACACACCCUUCCUCACCAUCACCAGCAUCACGCGCACCAUUGAGGUUUCUCACUGGGGGAACAUUGCCGUUGAGGAAACCAUCGAUCUGAGGCACACAGGAGCCAUUUUGAAGGGCCCUUUCUCGCGUUACGACUACCAGCGUCAGUCGGACAGCGGCAUCUCCUCUGUCAAGUCCUUCAAGACCAUCCUUCCUGCCUCGGCUCAAGACGUCUACUACCGGGAUGAGAUCGGCAACAUCUCCACCUCCCACCUGCAGGUUCUGGAUGACUCUGUGGAAGUGGAGGUCAGACCGCGGUUCCCCCUGUUUGGAGGCUGGAAGACUCACUACAUCAUCGGCUACAAUCUGCCCAGCUACGAAUACCUCUACACCCUCGGCGACCAGUAUGCACUGAAAAUGAGAUUAGUUGACCAUGUUUAUGAUGACCAGGUCAUCGAUUACAUGACUGUGAAGAUCGUUCUGCCAGAAGGCGCAAAAAACAUCCACGUGGACACACCUUACAAAAUUGACCGCAUGCCAAACCAGCUGCACUACACGUACCUGGACACGUUUGGCAGACCGGUGUUGGUAGCUACUAAGAACAACCUGGUGGAGCAGCAUAUUCAGGACUUUGUGGUUCAUUAUACCUUCAACAAGAUCCUGAUGCUGCAGGAGCCUCUGUUGGUGGUCGGGGCCUUCUACAUACUCUUCUUCACUGUGAUCAUCUACGUACGGCUGGACUUUGCCAUCACAAAGGAUCCAGCGGCCGAGGUGCGGAUGAAGGUGGCCUCCAUCACGGAGCAGGUGCUCACUCUGGUCAACAGGCGUCUGGGUCUGUACCGCCACAUGGACGAGGUGGUGAACCGCUACAAACAGUCCCGCGACACGGGCGCGCUCAACAGCGGCCGCAAGACCCUGGAGGCCGACCACCGCACCCUGACCAGCGAAAUCAGCUCGCUGCAGGCCCGCCUCAAGACGGAGGGCUCCGACCUGGCCGAGAAGGUUGGAGAGAUUCAGAAGCUGGACGGCCAGGUGAAGGACCUGGUGUGCCGCUCCUGCUCGGAGGCGGAGCGGCUGGUGGGUGGUAAGGUCAAGAAGGAGACUUACAUUGAGAGCGAGAAGAGUCUGACCGGCAAGAGACAAGAGCUCAUCAGCCGCAUCGACAGCCUGCUGGACGCCCUCUAAGCUUCACACCCACCAACAUGCUGCUUUCAUCAAGUAUUGGUAUGAAAAUGACAUGAAAUGUGACAUAUUUUACAUUUGUUUUUUUGUUGUUGAUUUUUUUUUUUUUUUUUUUACCAUCAUUGCAUCCAGACAUGGACUAUCAACAUCUCGUUUUGUGGAAGUGAUGAGUUUAUCUGGACAUGUACCUCUGUGCCUGGUGAUAAACUUGUGGUUCACUGUUUGCUCGGGUUCGGAGCAGCUACAUAACGAUGUUUGUUUCUGAUCCUCUUUUCUUUUUUUUUUUUUGAGCUAGCCCUUAAUCUCUGUUCCACUUGCCUCAGAUUUCAUGUUCUGGUCUUUCCCUCUGAAGCAUGCAUGGUUUAAGGUUUUUGAAAUGGCCUCACAUCUUUACUCACAUACUGUAUUCUGAAGCUAAAGAUUGUAAGUGUUGAAGAGGAUGCUUUUUGUUCUAUGCUGACCUCAGCUGCAGUCUUUGCCCCCGGACUGAUGUUUUAAAAUUUGAAGCUCUGAAUCUGCAUCAAGGCCAGCGCUCGUUUUGGAUGUUCCCGACUCAUAUUUUCUACAUUUUGUAUGAUUUACUUUUUUUCUUUUUUUCCCCACUCUUUGAGAUUAAAGACUAAAGGAGAUUAGAUUGUGUGGAAGACGAGACAUGGAACCUUUUAUUUUGUGAAGGGGGCAUUGAUAUGGAUCUCGGUUAAAUUUGGAAAUAAAGUUUGGAGAAACUCA